AUGGCUCGAUCACUAGCAAAGCGCGACCCCUCAUAUUGUGCCUCCAUCAUAUCCAUUCUUAGGGAUGAUCCACCCCUCGCGACUGCAUCUUUCUCAGUACAAUUUGAGAAGCUUUUCAACAUCAAGUUCUUUGUCACGUCAAGACAAACUUACCUCGUGGAUCGUCUUCUUUCACUCAAUUUUCCCAUCGACCGGUUUGGCAUAGACAUCUUGGAUGAUACCAAUAAACAAGACUGCUCCGUUUACAUCCGCGCGCAGCUGCGUUGCCUAAAGAACGAUCAUUCGGGUCAAGGAGACGAAUUCGAAGGAGACGAUUCAUUGGUUCAAGAUAUAUCGGAAAAAGCUGGCGGCUUGUUCAUUUGGAUCAGCACUGUCUUCCGUUAUGUGAGACUAGCCAAGAAGCCGAGGAAGACGCUAGAUAAGCUGCUCAACACGGGUGCCUCUCGAUCGAUGAGCUCUCCUGGAGGAGUGAUGGGUACGCUGUAUUCGGCCAUUCUGGACAAAUGCGAUUGGGAGGAUGAAGAUUUCGUGCAUGACUACCCCAUCGUUAUGGGGGCGAUCCUGGUUGCUGAGCAACCGCUGUCUAUUGCGGCGUGGGAUGCGAUUUUGUCGCCGUUCUUAAAAUCUUCCAUUCAAGUUGAACUUGCUCCCCUCUUGUUAGGAGUCCCCCAUUUCGACACAUCAAUCCGCAUCAUUCAUCAGUCGUUCCGUGACUUUCUCAUGGGAAAAAUCGGUCCUGAAUCACUCAUGAGUCAUUGUUACACGAUCUUGAAUAAGAAUCUUUGCUGUGCGGAGGGUUUGGGGCUGAUCGAGAAUGUUCCCGAAAAGGAUAAACUGCCACGCAUCCCUCAAGAGACGCUGUCAGAACAACUCCAUUACUCAUGUCGGUAUACUGUAUACCACCUCAAUAAUGUUCAGGAGCCACUAGAAGUGCUCAGCGGAUCGGUUCUCACAUUUUUGAAUCAGCAUAUAAUACGCUGGGUGGAGGUCUGUGUGAGGACAGAAGGGUAUAUCAGUGUAUCAUCAUUUCCUGAGUGGGCCAAGAAAGACAUUCACAAGUUGGUCCAAGUACUUGGCAAAGUGGGAUGGAAUCUGGCAUUUUUUUCGAGAUUUCAGGAGGCAUACGAGUUGGCAAAGGAUUCCGCAACCCUCUGCCGUUGCCUCGUGCGAGCAGACUCGGAGUCCUACACCCCACAGUUAGCUCAAUCGCUCAACAUUCUUGCGAUAUCAUCGGGUAUUCUGGGACGUUAUUCAGAGGCACUUCCGAUGAUUGAAGAAAGUGUGAAGCUCUGUCGUGAGCUUGUUGCUAUUGAUCCGACGUUAUACACCCCAGAUUUGGCUCGAUCGCUCCAUAAUCUUUGCAUAACGUUGGAAAGACUAGGACGUCAUUCCGAGGCGCUCCCACUGACUGAAGAAAGUGUGAAGCUCUGGCGCGAGCUUGUUGCUGUUCAUCCGACAUCGUACACCUCAGAUUUGGCUCAAUCGCUCCAGAAUUCAGAGGUAUCAUUUGACGUACUGGGACGUCAUUCCGAGGCGCUCCAGGUGAUCGAAGAAAGUGUCAAGCUCUGGCGUGGGCUUGUUGCUGUUCAUCCAACAUUGUACACUCCAUAUUUGGCCUACUCGCUCCAGAAUUUAAGCGUGGCAUUGGACAGACUGGGACGUUAUUCCGAGGAACUUCCGGUGAUCGAAGAAAGUGUAAAGCUCUGGCGCGAGCUCGUUGCUGUUCAUCCCACGUCAUCCAUCCCCGAUUUGGCUCGAUCGCUCAACAGUCUCAAGAUAUCAUUGGACAAUCUGGGACGUUAUUCCGAGGCGCUCUCCGCGAUCAAAGAAUCUGUCAAGCUCCAGCGCGAACUCGUUGCUGUUCAUCCCACAUCAUACAGCCCAGAUUUAGCUCAAUCACUCCACAAUCUCGCUCUCUCAUUCGAUUACCUUGAUUGCCCCGCUGAAGCAGUGCCUUUCAUCGAAGAAUCCAUUUCUCUUUGGUGUUCUCUACAUAUUACUCAUCCGACCUCAUAUACCGCUCAUCUAGCCUGGGGAUUGCGGGAUCUAUCCAGGAUACUUUCACGCCUGGGGCGCUGUACAGAAGCAUUUGACAUGGGUGAAGAGGCGAGAUCGUACUCUCGUCAACUUCGUUCUGAAUACCCUGUCAUCUAUGCAAAUUAUCUUCGACAGUUAUAUGCCGGUAUGGCUGUUCCGUUGGAACGUCUUGGAAGGGGUCAUGAGUUAGCGGAUAUACGCACUCUCAUACGAAAUUUAUGAUGAAAGGCGGAACAUACUCUCUACGCGACGGAGUCUAGCUCCAACACGACAUAUUCUUUCACUGGCCACAUAUUCAAGCACGAACCCGUAGCCACUCUCACUCUCCUCUUCGCGAUGUUCUCUGACCCACCAGAGGAUCGGCAAUUUACCUCUGUCCGAUAUAUUGCUGUCACUGAAACAGAUUUCGAAUAUAGACCUGAUCCCCGAUUAUGUUCCUGCUGCCAUCAAUUGAGCGGCUGCAAUCAGAAUUGGUUCGGUUUUGAAGCAUCGACUGUAAAUUAGUAGAUAUCUGGUGCAGUGAUGCGUACAAGCCUGCCCAACAAUAAUUCAAAUUAAAUACUUUCGAGAAUUCUGCUGCUGCGAGCGAUUGAUAUUAAUGAAUGAUUCGAUCGAAAUGGUGUUGCAACAACAGAAUAUGGAAC